AUGGAAUGGCGUCUGGAGUUUGGGAGUUUUUACUGUCAAGAUCCAGACACAUACAAAUUAUAUCCAGUUAAUGCAACAUGGCCGUCAAAAACUUUUUGUGGAAACUACACUUGCAAACUAAGAAAAAAGAACCAAACGGAGAUCGAAUAUAUGCCAAUGAUAGUAAAUAUCACAAAACAAGAUCUUCAUACGGAUGAUAUGAGUACUAGUCCAAGCUACUUAUUCCCUGUAAUCAAGAAAUUACAACCAGACAAGAGGCCAGUUUAUGACAAAGAGACAUUAAUUAAACAGAACGAGCGACCCAAAUUCGAGGGUAAAAAUGACAGAUACCUAACAGAGGCAGAAAUAAAAUCUAUAACUGAUGUUUUGCAUACAGUUAGGAAAAGCGAUUUGGAAGCAAUAAUAGAAAUUUAUAACUUAGCUCAAGAAAUAUAUAAAGAAAUGGACGGUGCGACCACCGAAAGUUUAGUCAAAGAAACGGUGAGUGCAUUAAAAGAGAAAGAUGCUGAAAAGAAAAAUGGAAAAGAUGGUAAGUCGUACUUCUAUAAACCUCUACAUCAAACUCACACGGAAAAUCUGACUGAUAUGAUCAAGGAAGGUACGAGACUUCCUCCGUUUUACUAUCCUUCUCCGCUUCCAUAUUACAAUGGGCCGGUUGUAAGGAACAACUAUGGUAGAAUGCAAUAUUACUAUCCGAUGUCUAAUUUUCAACGAUCAGCUUCGUAUAACUAUAACAGAGGUUAUCCGAUACCAACGCCACCACCAGUGCGACCGUGCACCACAUACCCUCGACCCUAUACCAAGCCACCAACUAGGCCAUGUUCUAAACCUCAAGGUAGUCUCUUCCCAUUACCAUGGAACGAGAGAUCCCUAAUCAAACCAUAUGUAAAACAACAACGUUCUGCAGGUCCCAUGCUUCUACCGUAUCCAUUUUCAUACGUUCAUCACUAUAAUUACAGUUCUUACCCUCCUACUUACUAUUAUAAUCACUAUCCUUGGGCUCAACUAGAUACUUAUAAGAAAAAAGCUGCUAUAAACCCACCACAAAUUCAAAUAGCACCUGACGAAAACAGCAAGGUAAUAAUAUCAAAGGAACGAUCUUCAGAAGAAGUAAACGAUGGAGUUGAAACUGACGCCGAAAAUGAACCGGACUGGAAAUCUAAACCGCUAAGUGAACAAAUUCUGGAUGAAGUGAGAGCAAACAUUUUAGAUAAAUCCAAAUUAUUGAAGCCUUUGAGGAAGAAUGUCAAACUGGAAAGGGUUGGAAAAGUUAUCAAGCUGGAUAAAUUAAAGAGGGAGAAGCGAAGUCUGUUUCAAGUUAACAGUGUCGAUGACGCAAGUUAUGAAGUUUAUCUUGAGACUACAAAAUGCGAGCCUAGUACGGACCCAGGUUUCUUCCGAGUUGGAAACAUGAGUGCACCGUUCCCAGAAUGUUGUCCACAAAAAAUCAGAUGA